AUGUCAUUAACCCUGGAAGAGCCCCCCGAUGGGGGCUGGGGCUGGCUGAUAGUCCUGUCUGGCUUCCUAGCGAAUUCCCUCACCUACGGGGUCUUGCGGUCCCUCGGCAUCCUCUUCGAAGACCUCGUGGAAGCCUUUGAUGCGAGUGCUGCCCAGAUCUCCUGGGUGACGGCCAUUGCCUUGGCGACGGAGCAGUUUGCCAGUCCGAUUGGCACGGCUGCCAGCAAGCGCUACGGAUCCCGGCCGGUGGUGAUGGCUGGCGGCUUCCUCUCCUCUCUGGGCAUUCUCUGGGCCUCCUUUAGCACCAGCUUACUCCAGUUAUACCUCACCUUGGGGUUUCUGACCGGUUUCGGCUGGGCCUUGGCCUUUGCCCCGGUGAUGGGCACCCUCUCCCGCUACUUCUCCUCCCGGCGCUCCGUGGCCAUGGGCCUGGCUCUGAUGGGCAACGGGCUCUCCUCCUUCGCCCUUUCACCGCUCCUGCGGCUCCUGGCCGAGUCCCUUGCCUGGCGGGGGGCCUUGCUGGUGACGUCCGCCUUGGUCCUCCACCUGGUGGUCUGCGGGGCCCUCCUCCGCCCCCUGGUCCUGCGGGGCGACCGGCUGGAGUCGGGGUCCUUGUUUGACUGGGCGCUGUUCACCCAGCGAGGGUUCGGGGCCUUCUCUUUCGGCACGGCCCUGCUGGCGGCCGGCUACUUUACCCCUUAUGUGCACCUGGAGCCGUAUGGGCGGGCCCUGGGCCUGGACCCCUACAAAGCAGCCACCCUGGUGUCCGUCCUGGUCCCAGGCUUCCUGCGAGAUGUAACAGGCAACUUCACGGUCUCAUUCCUGGCGGGCGGGACCUUUGUCCUCUCCGCCAGCCUCAUCUUCCUGGCCCUUCCAUCAUUUUUUGCUGGCUGCAGGGCCUGUGGUGGCGAAGUUGCGACCCCCAGGGCCCGAGGAGAACCCAACGUCCUGCUGGCGCCUCCUUCGGCGUCCGUUCCUCCCACCACCAGCAAAAGUUCCGAGAUAUGA